AUGCCGUCCUUCAGCUUGAGCCUCGGCUCCUUGACCGUCUACGCCGCGCUGGCUUUCUUCCUCUGGUACACGACCUCGGCGGUCUACGCGUGGUGGGGCCUGCGCCGCGUGCCCGGCCCGUUCCUGGCCUCCUUCUCCUACCUCUGGGUGGCCUGGCACAUCGUCCGGGGUACCGUCGACGUCGGCCACAAGAGCCUGCAGAAGUACGGCCCGCUCGCGCGCACCGGGCCCGGCUACGUCGUCACGCACGACCCGGAGGUCAUACGCAGGAUCAUGGCGGCCCGGGGCAGCUACGGCAAACACGCGUGGUGGGGGGGCGCGAGGUCGCACCCGACGGAGGACUCGAUCCUCAGCACCGUCGACAUGGCGCGGCACGACGAGAUCAAGGCCCAGACGGCCAACGGGUACAACGGGCGCGACGGCACCGACGUCCACGGCCGCGUCGACCGGCAGGUCGAGCGCCUCGUCGGCCUCGUGCGGCGCCGCUUCGUCUCGGCCGCCGGCGCCCGCCGCGUCGUCGACCUGACGGACCUGAUGCGCUUCUUCACGCUCGACGUCACGACGGAUCUGUCGUACGGCCGGCCCUUUGGGUUCCUGGACGAGGGCAAGGACCUGUUCGACUUCAACCGCACCAUGGACGCCUACGUCUCGGCCAUGACGCUGGGGCUCGACGUGCCCUUUUUCCGGAACCUGAUGCGCUCGCCGCUCAUGGCCUUCCUCUUGCCGAAAGACACGGACAACUCGGGUGCCGGCAAGAUCAUGGGGUUGAUCCCACUUGGAGGAGCGUACCGGGGACCCCCGAACCACGGCUCCUUUAUGCGCCACGGUCUCACGCAGGCGCAAUGCGAGGCCGAGACGUUUGUGCAGAUCGCCGCCGGGAGCGACACGACGGGCAGCCUGCUGUCGACGACGAUGCUGUACAUCAUCACGGCGCCGCGCGUGUACCAGCGCCUCAAGGAAGAGAUCAGGGCCGCCGUCGCCGCAGGUUCGGUGUCGUACCCCAUCGCCCUGGAACAAGCCAAGAAGCUCCCUUACUUGCAGGCCGUCAUCUCGGAGGGGUUCCGGAUGCGGCCGCCGGUGCCCUACGGCGCCUUCAUGUCGGUGCCGCCGCGGGGGGACACCAUUCACGGCGUCUACCUCCCCGGCGGCACCGGCGUCGGGUUCAACAUCGUGGCCAUGAUGCGCUGCGCCGAGACGUUCGGCGUCGACGUCGACGUCUUCCGGCCCGAGCGGUUCCUCGAGUGCGACGACGACGCGCGGCGCGGCAUGCUCCGGCAGGUCGACAUGGCCUUCGGGACGGGGCGGCUGCUGUGCGCCGGCAAGCAGGUCGCGCUGCUCGAGCUGAACAAGGUGUUUUUCGAGUUGAUGCGGGCUUUCGACUUCCAGCUGGUCGACCCGCGGAAGGGCUGGAGAGAGCGGGCUCUUGUUGUCAGCACGCAGAACGACAUGUGGGUUACCAUUACGGAGGAUUUGUUGAGAUAG